AUGCUUGUGGCCGAUCCCUCCCGGCAACCCAGGCUCUACCUCCAGCGAACGCGAUUUUCUCGGCUACAUCUUCCUCAAUGGCUCCGCCUCCUGGCGCAACAGCCGUGGAGAGCUCACCCUCCCAUGGCUCCCUAACCUGCGGCGCGCUACCAGUUCCGCCUCUUUUGCUGUACUGCCAAUGAGUACUCCUACCACCACGUCGACCACGACGGUAACCCGCUCCUCCAUGGCCGCCAUCGUGUCCUCCACUCUGGCGAGGUCUCUUUCGCGGGCUCGGCCACGUGGCCCGAGCAGGUGCACCUCACGUUCGCCGAUAGGGCCGACGAGAUGCGGGUGAUGUUCAUGUGCGCGUACGCCGAAAAGAGGGCCAUGAGGUAUGGGCUUGAGAAGGAGGAGGAGAAGGGCUGGACGAAGGUGGGCACGGAGGUGAGGACGUACGAGCAGAAGCACAUGUGCGACGCGCCGGCGAACGACAGCGUAGGGUGGAGGGAUCCGGGCUUCGUCUUUGAUGGCCUCAUGAAUGGGUUGGAGCCUGGAAGGAGCAAUUUAGUGUUCCAGCGGCAGCAGAUUGUUCUUCCAGUACCUUGCCCAGCAGAGGAGUCGGCCGUUAUCCCGAGCGGCGCGUUGUUCUCCAUGUUGUCAGGUGACUUGCUGGAGCUCGACGACGAGCAGUGGUUUGGCGGCAUGGUUGCCGGGUCAUACUAUGAGAGCUUGGCGCAGGGGAUGCUCAUCGAGCCGCCGGAUGCUGGAGCGUGGCGAGAGGAUAGGGAGCACAGCGGCAUGGCGGAGACGCAGACGCUGUGUGGAGUUAAUCGUUCAGCUAAGUAG